UUGAUAUUUACAGCCCAAUUUUUUGAAAGUUUAGGUUUUUCAGGACACAUACUAGAGUGGGGGGAAUAUAGUACAAUUUCUUUCUUCCUAAUAUCUUAAUAUGCUGACCACCUUUAACUGAUACGGUCCAUGUAUAAUAGAUUUUAUUUCUCUUUUUAAAUCUCUAGUGUAACAAGUAGAAUUAGAGAUUCAUUUUUUUUUUCUUCCCCAGUGAAAAAUCUGUCAUGUUUCAUCAUUGUAAUACUAAAUCCCUUCUAAAGGUGAAAGUGUCCUGAAUGAAAAGAGAGUUUCCUUUUGAUGACUAAAUCCCAGCAGAGAAGUCAAGGAUCUGAGUGGACAGAAAUGGCUGGGAACAACUUCACGGAGGUGACAUUCUUCAUCCUCUCUGGAUUUGCAAAUCACCCUGAACUACAAAUCAGCCUCUUCUUGAUGUUUCUUUUUAUUUAUCUCUUCACUGUUUUGGGGAACCUUGGACUAAUUCUGUUAAUCAGAAUCGACUCUCAGCUCCACACACCUAUGUACUUUUUCCUUAGCAAUUUAGCAUCCAUUGAUGUAUUUUAUUCCACUACUGUAACACCCAAGGCACUGGUAAAUCUCCAGUCAAUCCGGAAAACCAUCUCCUUUGUUGGCUGCUUUGUUCAGAUGUACUUUUUUGUGGGUUUAGUGUGUAGUGAGUGCUUUCUUCUGGGGUCCAUGGCCUAUGACCGCUAUGUAGCUAUCUGCAAUCCCUUACUGUAUUCUGUGGUCAUGUCCCAGAAGGUGUGCAGGGGCUUGGGAGUCAUGCCUUAUAUGAUCGGCUUCACCAAUUCUCUGGUCUCCAUCUGUGUGAUCAGCAGAUUGGCAUUCUGUGAUGUCAGCAUCAAUCAUUUUUUCUGUGACACCACAGCUCUUCUGGCCCUGUCCUGCGUGGAUGCAUUCAACACAGAAAUGGUGAUCUUUGUUUUAGCUGGCUUCACCCUUCUUAGCUCUCUCUUCAUCAUCACAGUCACCUACAUGGCCAUCAUCUCAGCCAUCCUGCAGAUCCGGUCUGCAGCAGGCAGACAGAAAGCCUUUUCAACCUGUGUGUCCCACAUCAUGGGGGUGACCAUCUUCUAUGGGUCCCUGAUUUUCACAGUUACCGAGUGCAGAGCAGAGAGGAGCUAG